AUGUCAAUCAAAAUGUUUGUUCUUCUUUUUCCCCAAAUCAGAAGGGUUAGGGUUAGGGUUAAGCAAUAUCGAUAAUGGAAUUGGAAUCUGAAAAAUCCUUCUUCUGCAAAGAUCUGGACCGCUUUUGUGAGAGUGAAGCAAAAGAACUCCCCGGCUCCUCGAUCGGUUCCUACAACAAUACAACCUUGGUUUCACAAAAACUGCCGUUGACAGAGCUAGAUGAGUGGGAGGGGGAGAAGGAACGUUCAUUCGCCCCCUCCCAGUCCCAAUGGAUUGAACGCCUAUCGCCGUCAAUGGCAGCCAAUGAUGGAUUUAUAGCCUCUCUUUUUUGACUUUGGAAACCACGCAGGAAUUACACAACGCUACGAUGGGCCCACUCACAACUCCUAAAAAAGCAGGAGAAACGGGGUCCGUCGAUCCAUGGACACCAACUUCCAACCUUAAAAUGCUCAUUAGUGCUGCAAGCCCCGAGAUUAGGAACCGGGAGAAAUGGCUGUGCCCACCUUCUGAAUUAAAUGAAGCUAUCGAUUCUGCACAGGAUUUUGAAAAUGGAGACGAGUCUGAGAAAAUCAUCAGCAGGAAAGAUAAAAGUCUAGGUUUGCUCUGCCAUAAAUUCCUCGACCGUUGCCCGGAUUGGCCAGACCCAGCCGCUAACAACGAGAUUUGCUUGGAUGACGUGGCCACUGAACUUAAUGUAGAACGCAGGCGCAUUUAUGACAUCAUGAAUGUGCUCGAGAGCCUGCACAUGGUGAGCCGUUCUGCAAAGAAUCGCUACAUAUGGCACGGUCAGACCAAUCUGGCCCAGACUUUGGCCAUUCUCAAGCAGGUGGGUGAGGAGCAAAUGUAUUGCCAGCAAAUGCAGUAUAUCAAACAGCGCUUCUUGGAUAAAGAAUCGGACUUUGAUGGUAACGAGAAGGAGAACCUUGAGUUGAUGUACACGGAAAGUAGUAAACACAGACGAAAGGAGCUCUGCUUUGUGGAGCUUCCUGGAGUGGAGUUCAAAGCAGCCUCUGUUAACAGUCGGAAGGACAAAUCUCUGAGAGUGAUGAGCCAGAAGUUUGUCAUGCUCUUCCUUGUUUCUAAUCCUCCCGUGGUCAGUCUGGAUAUCGCUGCUAAAAUCCUGAUCGGAGAGGAACAGGGUGCAGAUCAGGAUAAAAACAAAUUUAAGACUAAAGUGCGACGACUUUAUGACAUUGCUAAUGUGCUCCGGAGUCUGAAACUAAUUGAAAAGGUUCAUCUGACAGAAGAAAAGAAGAAACCAGCAUUUAAAUGGGUUGGCCCAAAUAAACGGCCUGUAGUCAAAGAUGUAGCAAUUGAUUCCUCCCUGUGUCCACCCAACAAGAAAAGGAUCCUGGAGUCCCGCUCCUCUUUAGAAAACUGUGCCAAAAACCUUUUUUCGUCACCUCCUGGCUCUAAGCGGAGCUUUACGCGGCAUCCCUCUCUCAUUAAGCUAGCUAAGAGCAUUCAGGAUGACCGGCGAAAGAUCAGCUCAGCCCCUAGUAGUCCUGCCAAGACUGCCUUCAAUGAUAGUGACUUCCCCAGCAAAAUGGCCCAACUUGCUGCCAUAUGUAAGAUUCAACUUGACCAGGAGUCACGUACAAGAGGCAAAGAUCCAAAAGCAGUUCCUGGUGAGCCAAGCACAUCGGUUGUAAGGAUCCAGCCAACCACCUCCAGCUCAGUCAAAGCGCCUUGGGUCACAUGCCCAAAUCCAAAUGAGGAGGCUGUAGCCAAUACAAAUGUGCACGGCACCUUGCUGUCCUCCCGUCCCUCAGGCAGUGUUGCAUACAUCCCAGCGCAGUGUUCACCCCUCAUCCCCGUCAUUUUACCUCAGCAGCCGGGCGGUGGACCGUACGCUGUCUAUUUGCACCAGUCUUCCCUCAGACCCAGCCCUCAACCGACAAGUUACGCUGUUCGGUCCAUGACCUUUGAGGAAAAGACAGGACAAAGUCCGACUGUCCCAUUUCCGGCUAAAAGCCAACCGACGUCGAGGGUACCAGACAGCAGCCCUUUGUCGGUCAAAAGGUUGUGCUCUGAUUCGGCUGCUGAGAGCGGUUCUCCCAAAGUCAAACGGACUGACUCUAACCUCAAGGACACCUCCCCAAAGCAGUGCCAUGUCUUUAAAGGUCAUGUGAAGACCCUACGCAGCUGCCAGCUUUCCAGCCGGCCCUCGCCUCGCGCCCUCCACCUGGACCCAGAGUUUAUCAACACUCCGGGCAGCACUGUGAUUGCGCAGACUUUGGAGCAUAGUUUGGAGACCUUCCUGGACAAGGAUGACAAGUCGGUGACCUCUGACACUGAAGUGGGUUUAACGCCCGUCAGAGCUGCGCCCCUCACACCCGGACAAAUUAGCACAGAGACUUUAGUACCAGCAGGAUACCUGAUCCCGCUCUCCCAUCAGCCUAUUGUCACGUACAAGGAGAAUCCAGGCUCAGCAGGAGAAAUUAACAAGCCUUCAACUCCUGCUUACAUCUACAAAACACCAACUGCAGGAUCCAGACCACCCGCUGUCCAGGAAGUGACUCCCACCAGCUUUCGUCUACAUGACGCCGCUGCAGCCACCUCUCCGCACUUGACCCAGCAGGCCCAACGCCUCCAAAGUCCCAGUCCUGCUAUCCUAAACUUCACCCUGCAGAAUUUGGGUCUCAUUUCGGGCUCUGCCCCUGGAAACGUCCUUGCCUCAUUACAGACCCCUGAGCGGACGAGUGGUGUCAUCAGCCCCCUGGCUUUGCAGCAGCGAGGGAUGGUUUUCAUCAAGCCAAUGACAGUCCAGCAGUCCCCGCAAUCAGUGGCUCUAAUCAGUAUUCAACAGCCUCUAAUGACUACACCCAAAGGAACGGGGCUUCCCCAGCACAGCUUCUUCCAUACACCGGGCCCCUUGUCUCCCCUGGCUACCGCAGUAGUUUCCCCCAAUGGACAGCGGGCCCCUAAAACCGUUUACGUCCCUCAAAGGAAACUGGAUGUCAACACUGAAGACACACUCUAAAUGUCUGUACUGUAUAUAUUUGUUUAGGUGGUUUUAUGCCUACGGUGUGGUGGCGGCGACGGCGGCUGUUUUAGGGUUUAUUUUUCGCCAGUUCUGUGUUUAGCAUCUGACAGUAGUCAUUACCUCUGAACAAAAACCUGUGCAGUUGUGCAAAUGAGAUUUUAAAGCCAUUUAGCACUUGCCAUUCAGGACCGCAUUAUGCUUGGUUGUUGUUUUUGAUUUGUUUUUAAUUGUCCAAAUAAGGGUGAUGCGAUUGUUUCACUGAAAUGUUAAAGAUGAAGAAACUUGAAUGUGUGCACUGUAUUGAUACCAACUCAUGCCUUGUUUUGGCUGAAAAGUGUUAAUGGAAACUACAAUAAUUAUUAUGUGCCAGGUAAUAUUAAAAAGAAAAUACGGUUGCACAAAUGUACAUGUUUAUAAAUAACCUUUUGAAAUGGAAAUAAUGAGAACGCAAAUAUUUCUGCCAAAUUCAACGUAAACUUAAUCAGACAUUUUGAUUCUUUACUUAAUUUAUACUGAAACAAGCUUCUUUAUGAUGUUCUAAGUGAACUGUUAAAUAAUUUAAAAACA